GAGAGGGUUGCGGUGAUCCGUUUGGAAAACAACACAUUCCCGUUGGGAUUCCAGCUUAAGGAUAUCUAUAAGACCGAGAAAGAUAUAUUGGAUAAAGUAUUGGAUAAAAGCAAAUAUGACCUGAGAAUAGUUCCCCGAUAUUACAACGAAACGAGCAAAAGUACUUUCCCGGCCAUCGUUCGCACAAAUAUGUAUAUUCGGGGCAUUGAAUACAUUAGCGUCGAUAACAUGGCGUAUAAAAUACAAAUGACUUUUAGACAGCAAUGGAAUGACAAUAGACUGGCGUUUAACGACACGAACGGCCAAAUCCGAUACCUAGUGCUCGACGAUUCGACCCGACUAUGGAUUCCCGACACCUUCUUCUCCAACUCGUGGUCAACUCAAUCGCACACUGAUAUCAAACCCAACGUAUUGUUUCGCAUAUAUCCCAACGGGAAUGUGUUGUUUUCCAAACGGAUCACCGCAACCCUCUCCUGUCCAAUGGAUCUCAAAUAUUUCCCAUUUGAUACACAGAUAUGCUCCAUACAAAUGGUCAAUGGCUAUACGACCGCUGAUUUAGUACUGCUUUGGAAAGUAGGGGACCCUGUUCAGGUUACCAAGAAUUUGAUUAUAAAGGAAUUUAAACUUAAUAAAUAUUCGACAGCCUAUUGUACAUCCAAAACAAACACAGGAGAAUAUUCUUGUUUGAAAGUGGAUUUACAGUUUACAAGAAUUACUGUCAAGUAUUUAGUCCAGUGGUUCGUCACGACAGCAAUGCUUACAUUUAUAUCGUUUUUGUCAUUUUUAAUGAAAGCAAGUAAUUCAUCACGAAUUAAGUUUUUAGUGGUCGUAUUGUUUAUGCUGUACACGCAUAUUGUUGUGAUUAAUAUGUGGUCGGAUGCGAAAGUGCCGUACUUUAUAGCGAAGGACUGGUGGUUUAUGUGGUGCGCAAACUUUAUCGUUGCCGCUAUUAUCGAGUUUGCAAUCGUUAAAGUCAUUGAUCAUAAAUGUAACAAAAACUCAAACAAUAAUAAUGGACAUGGUCGAGACAAUGUCGCAUUGAAAACGUUGGAAACAAAGGAAUGUUAUGACAAUUGUCGGGAAAAGUGGACGAAUAGUUCGUUUGGCCGUAAACUAGAUUUGUUUUGCGUUGUGAUCUUCCCAAUGCUUUUUACGGCAUAUAUUUACUCUAAUUCCGGGACAAUCCAGGCCAUUUCUGGAAAUCUGUGGUUCACAAUAGAGGAGGAGAAGAAGAAAGAGAGUAAAACACUUGAUUCACAAUAUAAUAGUGAAUUCUCAGUGUAUUAUAUCGUACAGUGCAUCGGCAUAUCGUGCAUAUAG